AUUAGUUCCAAAAAAUUUUCCCUUUACAAACACAGAGAGUGGGACAGACGCUCCCAUGUUUGAGAGUCAUAAAAAACUGAUAAAGGAAGAAAGAAAAUAGAAAAUACUAGAGAGAGUGACUUAUGUAAAUCAGUGCAAUUCAGAAGUGACGCGUGUCCGUUAGCCAGCUGUAUCGCCAACCCCACUUUCUCCGACUGCUUAACUAGAACAAUCGGUGCCCAAAACGAUUCUCCUUGCUUUACCCUUCACCGUUUCAACCGGUUACUUCCCUCUCAUCUCUUAUAUAUUCCGCUUCUCUGUCUCGUUCGCCUUCGUCUCCCUUAAAACGCCAAAACCAAAGCCAAAGAAAAAAAAAAACAAAGGAAAACCCAAAUAUCACAUACGAAGAACCAAUUUUUCCUUUGCAUGCUUUUAAAUUUGAUUUCAUGGCUGUAAUAAACACAUCAAACGGAAAAGAAAUGGAUCGGAUCAAAGGUCCAUGGAGCCCCGAAGAAGAUGACUUGCUCCAAAAACUGGUCCAAAAACAUGGCCCCAGAAACUGGUCUUUGAUCAGCAAAUCAAUCCCGGGUCGAUCCGGGAAAUCCUGUCGGCUCCGAUGGUGCAACCAACUGUCACCCCAAGUUGAGCACCGGGCUUUCACUCCCGAAGAAGAUGAGACCAUCAUGAGAGCUCAUGCUCGGUUCGGUAACAAGUGGGCCACCAUAGCCCGGCUCCUUAACGGUCGUACCGACAACGCCAUUAAAAACCACUGGAACUCGACGCUAAAACGUAAGUGCUUGUCAGUUGGGGAAGAGUGUAAUUUUAUUACUAACGGGGGGUAUGAUGGUAAUUUGGGAGGGGAGGAGCGACAACCGUUGAAAAGAUCGGUAAGUGCUGGGCUUUACAUGAGCCCAGGAAGCCCAUCGGGAUCCGAUGGGAGCAACUCUAGCGUUCCCGUUUUAUCAUCUUCACAAGUUUAUAAGCCCAUCCCAAGGACCGGCGGAGUUAACGUUGACGUCAAUGUUAUGCCAGCUGGAGUCGAAGCAGCGGCAUCGUCUUCUAACGAUCCACCGACUUCACUGAGUCUGUCUUUACCGGGCGCCGAGUCAUGCGAGGUGUCGACCCAUCCAGCUACCGAGUCAUCCCAGAUGAGGAGCGAAGCUAAAAUUGAAGAAAGGGGAGGUGGGGUGAUGGCGUUCAGUAAGGAGUUUAUGGCGGUGAUGCAAGAGAUGAUAAGGGUGGAGGUGAGGAAUUACAUGGUGCAGAUGCAGCAGCGAAACGGUGGCGUUUCAGGAAGAGGAGGGGGAAUGGGAAUGUGUUUGGAUGGAGGGUUUAGGAAUUUUAUGGCUAUGAACCGAGUUGGGUAAAAAAACUAAAUGAGAUGAAAAAGAGUGAAAAAACUGGGCUUUUGUUUUUUCCUAGUUAAUGUACAGACUGAGAGGGCGAUGGUUAAGAAGGAAAAAAUCGGAAGGACAAAAAAUGGAAUUUUUUUUUUUUUAAUUUACCUGUCUCGUGGCCUUGUUUUUAGGGAACAAAGAAAAUGGAAAAAAAAAAUGAGAAGCAAAAAAAGGGGACAAAUCCUUCGAAAAUUCAAUCUAAUCCCCAGAUUAUAAAAGUAAAACCUGUUUCUGAAAUUUAGGAACUUCAAGUUUUUUGAUUUGUUCUCUCUUUUGGAUCAAAGCCUGAGAUUUUUUUAUAGAUUU